AUGAUACAGACGCAGUUCAACAAGAAGGUCAAAUUUUUGCGACACGAUGGAGCCCGCGAGUUUGCGACGAACUCGCUUCAAGAUUUCUACGAAGUCGAAGGCAUCGAGCAACAAACCACGGUGCCAUACGCACAUCAAGCCAAUGGAACUGCUGAACGCGCGAUUCGAACUAUCGUCACCAUCGGUCGUAGCAUGCUCCAUCAUGCCAAGUUGGACAAGUGCUUCUGGGCUGAAGCGGCAAUGACGGCCGUCUAUGUGAAGAACCGUUUGCCGUCACCCAAGAUUCCACACAAGACACCGUUCGAGAUUGUCUACAAUUCUAAGCCAAGUGUCAAGCACAUGCGCGUUUUUGGGUGCCAAGCAUACAUCUUGACCCCGAAGGAGAAACGACUCAAGUGGGAUCCCAAGGCCCGGGCUGGAUUGUUUUUGGGCUACGAAGAAGUGUCCAAGGCGUAUCGAGUUUAUGACAUCGAAGCGGGGCAGGUGAUGAUAAGUCGCGAUGUCAACUUCGAUGAGUCGGCCUUUGGAAUGUCGAUGCUGAUUUCCGAUGACGAUGUUGAUGGCCUGGACUUCGAAUCGAUCGAUCUUGAUGAUGAAGAACCGCGUCCGAGACACUUCAAACAAACAGGAAAGCGCAAGGCCCAACCCAGUCACGACAAUGACGACGCAAGCAUGCCCCGAGCAGUGCGCCAACGACCCGGAUUGGAAGAGUCAAGUGCGCCGGAUGACAUCUCUUCACGUCGAGCCAACGAAGAUGAAGAAAGGAAGUCGGAGGAACAACAUGACACACCGAAUUCCUCCGCGUUUUGGCAUGCGAGUGCAAACGCCGUCGAAGCAGCGGUCGAUUUUUCGGAGCCGUCGACAUUUGAAGAAGCAGUGUCUGGCCCGGACCAAGUACACUGGCGCAAGGCAAUUGAUGCGGAGCUCGAUUCGAUGAAGCUUCGCGGUGUCUUUCGUGCGGCCAAGUUACCCAACGGACAAAGCGCCAUUGGCACAAAGUGGGUCUUCAAGAUCAAGCGCAAGGCGGAUGGGUCGAUCGAGAAAUACAAGGCACGACUUGUGGCCAAGGGUUUUCGCCAAAAGUAUGGCAUCGACUACACGGAGACGUUCUCGCCCGUGGUCAAGUAUGUGACGCUGCGAAUGGUCAUCGCCAUUACCAAGCACUUUGGAUGGCCCCUCGACCAGCUCGAUGUGGUGACUGCGUUCCUGUAUGGAGUGAUGAAGGAGAAGGUGUUCUGCGCUGUUCCGGAAGGCGUCAAGAUGGAAGGUGAUUUCGACUGUCUCGAGCUGAUCAAGGCGAUCUACGGUCUCAAGCAAGCCUCGCGUGUUUGGAACGAGACCUUCGACGAGUUCAUACGCUCGGUUGGUUUUCAAGCGUCGGGAUUCGAUCCAUGUCUCUACAUCGUGACUUCGGAAGGCCAUUGUGUUUUUGUGCUGGUCUACGUGGACGAUGUCUUGGUGACUGGAAGCUCGCUCGAGAUGAUUGCGCGCACCAAGAACGACCUCAAGACGCGGUUCGAGAUGACGGACAGCGGCAAGUGUGCGUUUGUUCUUAAGAUCGAGCUUUUGGACGAUGAAGAUGGCAGUGUGACACUAUGUCAGCGUCGGUAUGUCGAUGAUAUCCUCAAGCGCUUUGGCAUGGAUGAUUGCAAGGCAGUCGCAAGUCCAGUCGACAUGAGCUCUCGACUUGUUUCAAGUGAUGCAACUACCAAGGUCGAUGCUCCUUUUCGCGAAGCUGUUGGUGCGUUGAUGCACCUGACCACUGCAACGCGUCCGGACAUUGCGUUUGCUGUGGGCUAUGUGUCGCGGUUCAUGGAAAAUCCCCAAGAAGAACACUGGGUUGCAGUUAAGCGUAUCUUUCGCUACCUACAAGGCACUAAGACGCAUGGAAUUUGCUACAAGCCAAGUGCAAGGAUCGACUUCCGUGGAUAUUCGGAUGCGGAUUGGGCUGGUGAUCUUACCGACCGCAAGUCAACAUCGGGGUACACGUUCAUGCUACUCGGUGCGCCAGUGAGUUGGGGCAGCAAGAAGCAGCCAAGUGUUUCGUUGUCCACGACUGAAGCUGAAUACAUCGCACUCAGCUUGGCGAUUCAAGAGGGCAAGUGGAUUCAUCGUCUGCUUUGUGAGAUCGUGAUUGCUGCCAAUGAAGAAGGACCGGAACUCAUGAUUCAUGAAGACAAUCAGUCAUGUAUUAAGAUGACGAAGAACCCGGUCAACCACGGCCGUGCCAAGCACAUUGAUAUCAAGUACCAUCACAUCCGUGAUGAGGUCAAGCGCGGUGAAGUGAAGCUCAAGUAUUGUGAAACUGCGGUGAUGUUAGCGGACAUCAUGACGAAGGGACUUCAUGGACCACGCCACAAGGAGAUGACGACAGCUCUCGGGAUUCGUGAGCAUUCGGAUUGA